AUGAGUUUACUCAACCCCUUUAUCCUUGUUAUGUUCCAGCUUCUCUUUGCCGGAAUCACGAUGGGGCAUUCAGCACCAAAGCCAAAGCUCUUCAGAGAAUACAUAGGAGCCGAAGGCAAGAACGUCAAGUUCUCAGACGUGCCCAUAAAUCCCACCGUGGAAUUCCACUUCAUUCUCUCGUUCGCCAUUGAUUACACAAACUCAACCUCCCCUCCAAGCCCUACCAAUGGCGAUUUUAAGCCCUACUGGGACACACGAAAUCUCAGCCCUUCUCAUGUCUCUUCCAUUAAGUCCUCCCACCCUAACGUUAAAGUAGCUUUGAGCCUCGGAGGCGACACCAUAGCUCAACAAAAAGUGUUCUUUAAACCCACUUCGGUUAAUUCAUGGCUCCGAAACGCAAUCCAUUCUAUUACCCAACUCGUCCAGUCCAACCACCUAGACGGAAUCGACAUUGACUACGAACAUUUCAACGCAGAUCCUGAUACGUUUGCUGAGUGCAUAGGGAAGCUUAUAUACUACCUGAAACAAAGUAGGACUGUGUCGUUUGUUUCUAUAGCACCGUACGAUGACGAACCAGUUCAAUCUCAUUACCUGGCUUUGUGGAGAGAGUAUGGGCAUCUCAUAGACUACGUCAACUUUCAGUUCUAUGCAUAUCCCAAAGGGACGACCGUAGGUGAAUUUAUGGGACACUUGGAGAGGCAAGUGAGGAAUUACAGAGGAGGGAAGGUGCUGGUGAGUUUUGGUACAGAUGAAAGUGGCGGCUUAAAACCAGAGCAUGGCUUUUUUGAAGCGUGUUCUCGACUUUCACGCCUCGGCAAACUUCAUGGCAUCUUCAUUUGGUCUGCCGAUGACUCCCAAAAAUUCAAUUUUCGUUACGAGAUUCAGUCACAGACCUUGCUGACUACCGUUUAA